CAUUUCACUCCCUAAGACUUUGUUUCAGUUGACAAAAUCUGUGCAGCGGCUGGGGAUGACAGGGUGUGUGAGGAUGAGGCGAAUUCGCAUCUCCGGCGGCGGCAGCUCUGCUUUGUUUGGAACAUCUUUUCCCUUCCCCAAUUACACAAAAUGUCCAUUGAAACCCAAAUCUUUCCUAAAGCUGUUUCCUUCAACAACAACACCCAUCUUCACCACUCUCCAUUAUCGUUUAAUUACGUCGGCUCAACAUUCUUCUCCCUCCUCUCAUGUUCAUCCAACACCUCAGACUGAACUUCCUAUAUCUUCUGGAGGUGAUGGCCAAAAUGGGUAUCCUAUGAACGACUCAAAAGUGGUUUUGAAAGAGAUGAGAUAUGCUGAACUUGAGAAAUGGGUUCAGUCACAUGGUUAUAGGCCUGCUCAGGCUCUGAUGUUGUGGAAACGUCUUUACGGGAAUAAUAUUAAUAUUUGGGCGCAAUGCAGUGAGGAACUAGAAGGUUUGAAUAAAGAUUUCAGGAAAAUGUUGAGUGAACAUGCUGAAUUUAAGACGUUAAACUUGAAGGAUAUUUUGACAGCGUCUGAUGGAACUAAAAAGAUGUUAUUCAAGUUGGAAGAUGGUCUGGUAAUAGAAACUGUUGUGAUACCUUGUGAGAGCGGCAGGAACACCGUCUGUAUAUCUAGUCAAGUAGGUUGUCCCAUGAAUUGUCAGUUUUGCUACACUGGCAGAAUGGGUCUGAAGAGAAACUUAUCUACAUCUGAGAUAGUUGAGCAGGCUGUUUUAGCUCGGCGGUUAUUAUCCAGUGAAGUUGGCCCAAUUAGCAAUGUCGUGUUUAUGGGAAUGGGAGAACCACUUCACAACAUUGAGAAUGUCAUAAAAGCGGCAGACAUAUUGGUAGAUGAACAAGGGCUGCAUUUUAGUCCUCGGAAGGUCACCGUUUCUACAAGUGGGCUUGUGCCCCAGCUUAAGCGCUUUCUUCGCGAGUCUAAUUGUGCUUUGGCAGUCAGUUUGAAUGCUACAACUGAUGAGGUUAGAAGCUGGAUCAUGCCAAUUAACCGCAAAUUUAACUUGAACUUGCUUCUUGGAUCAUUAAGAGAAGAGCUUCAGUCAAAACAUAAAUACAAAGUUCUGUUUGAGUAUGUAAUGCUUGCCGGAGUUAAUGAUAGUAUUGAGGAUGCAAAGAGACUAAUCGAUCUUGUCCAGGGUAUUCCAUGCAAGAUUAACCUGAUUUCUUUUAACCCUCAUUCUGGAUCCUUCUUCAAACCCACUAAAAAGGAGAAGAUAAUUGAGUUCAGAAAUAUUCUUGCUGAAGCAGGAUGUGUUGUGCUUCUGCGAUUGAGUAGAGGAGACGAUCAAAUGGCCGCCUGUGGUCAGCUAGGUAAACCAGGCGAAAUCCAAGCUCCCUUGCUCCGAGUGCCUUCUCAGUUUCAAGCAGUACUGGAAGCUGCAGCGUGAUUCUGGUCUGUCCAAUAUGUGAUGCAGUUUCAAUGUGCAUGCCCCUUCCGGAAUUCAAUCUAUUGAAUCUAGUCCUAAACAUGCUUGUGCUCAUGACAUCGGUCGCUCUUGUCCAAGUUAGAGAGUUUAUACACAUAGGCUUGUAACCUCUAUAAUUUUGUUUUUAACUCUGAUUUUUCAAUUUGCAGUCCAGCAGGUUACGACGAUUUGGGAUUACAAGUAGCUUUUUAAAUUUGAGAGUGCAAAAAUUUGAAGUGCUUCUGAUUGA